GGUAGGAGCAGUUUGGGGAUAUUGAGCUUGGAGCAGCAUGUGAGGUGCAGCCCUGUCAGGGCAAUGACAAGCAGAAGAGCCCCAGAGCUGUUUCCUAUGAUGUCACGGUGACAAGUGCACGAGGACCUCCUUUGCUUGACGUCAUCUGUCAUUCUGGCUUCCUGAAAAGUGACCCGGCCCUGCGGAAGAAAAGAUGCCUCAUGCUACACAGCUAUAUCAAGACUUCCCUACAACUUGCUGGCCAAUUGUUUAUUCCAGCGACUACAACAUUACAUUCAUUGGUCUUGAAAAACUUCAUCCAUUUGACUCUGGGAAAUGGGGCAAAGUGAUAAACUUUCUCAGAGAAGAAAAGUUAAUUACAAAUGACACUAUUGUGACGGCUAGGGAGGCAACAGAAGAAGAUUUACUAGUUGUGCAUACUAGACGCUACUUAAACAAACUAAAGUGGUCAUUUGUGGUUGCUACAAUAACAGAAAUCCCACCUCUCGUCCUUCUCCCCAACUUCCUCGUUCAAAGAAGAGUUUUGAAACCACUGAGAACUCAGACAGGUGGAACAAUAAUGGCUGGAAAACUGGCCAUAGAAAGAGGAUGGGCAAUUAAUGUUGGUGGUGGCUUCCAUCAUUGUUCCGGCGACAAAGGUGGAGGAUUUUGUGCAUAUGCUGAUAUAACAUUAGCUAUCAAGUUCUUAUUUGAACGUGUUGAAGGAAUAUCCAAGGCAACAAUUAUAGAUUUGGAUGCUCAUCAGGGAAAUGGACAUGAAAGAGAUUUCAUUGAUGAUAAAAGGGUCUACAUUAUGGAUGUGUACAAUCGUCAUAUUUACCCCGGAGAUACUAUGGCAAAACGAGCAAUAAAAAGGAAGAUUGAAUUGGACUGGGGCACAGAGGACAAGGAAUACCUACAGAAAGUGGAAACACACGUGAAAGGAGCUCUAAAUGAGGUGACCCCAGAUGUAAUAGUCUACAAUGCAGGGACUGAUAUACUGGAUGGAGAUCCACUUGGAGGGCUCUCCAUUUCCCCUCAAGGCAUUAUAAAAAGGGAUGAGAUUGUGUUCAGCAUUGCCAGGAGUCGCUCUAUUCCUAUCCUGAUGGUCACAUCUGGUGGAUACCAAAAGAGAACUGCACGAAUAAUUGCGGAUUCCAUUCUCAACCUGCGCAACCUUGGUCUUAUUGGUAAAGCCCUGGCAGAGACACAUGAACCUAGGAUAUAAACAAAGAUAUAAACAAGACCUUGGUUUGCCGUGUAACUUACUACUUGUGGCAAUAGUUUACACACUACAUUUUUGUUUUAAAAAAUGUAACCACGAUUAAAAUACUAUGUAUUUAUUUGAGUGGAGAAACUGAGCCUGAUAAACACUGGAGCACUGUUUGAUAUUAAUUAUAGCCAAUGCACCCCGAUUUUAUAUACAUUAAAAUGUGUUACUUGUGGAAAAGUUAAAACACUUACUCAUAGUUGUGUAUUGUAAACACCUUAAAAACAUUUUAAGUUUGCGUUGAAGAGGCAACUGCUGUUUAUCAAAGGGAAUGGGUUAGAGCCGCAUUAAUAAGUAAGGGAUAGGUUGGUUCUUGGUUUUUCCAGUAUUAAAGGUUUUGAAGUAUCAUAUGUUCUUCCAUGCAGUUUACCUAGAAGUAUGGCAUUGCUAGCAGAUAAAAUAUCUAAGCCUACUGACAUAUUGGCAGAAAGUUUCAUGCAUAAGACGUGGGUGUGCAAAGAUUGGGGAAGGAGGAGGGGAUGUACAAAGCUGCAGAGAGAGUUAUUACCUCCAGACUUUCACUUUUAAGACUUUAACUUAUAUUCUCUGCUAUAAAGUAAUACAUUUUGGUAAAUUAUCAUAGUAUGUCUCCUGUUCUGCUUCAUGGAUUUGGGGGAGGGGGGCUUUUGCCUCUGGAGCAUGGUGGUGAUGUGGCCUUAAAGUAAAAGGCAUCUAUUCACCCUCCUGGGAAUGAAAGAAACCUAAAUACACCUAGCUAGGACCUGAAAGCCACCUACGUACCCUCUAUUCAAGGGUUGGUGCGCCCCAAGAUUGACAAUCACUUUUGCCUCCACAGGACAGCCACCCACUUCCUGGGACUGAUGGCUACUAUAGCCCACUAACCCACAGGGCCAAUAGUUUAUAAGUGUGUACCUACAAUUUGACACUACAACAUUACCCUUACAAAAUACCCUAUAGCUUUUAUGAUUGAUAAAGGGCAGCACUGACUUUUCUUGAUCUCAUCGUUUGCAGCAUAUGUAUCUAUGCACUUUUUCUAAACCCACUGAUGCACUUUAGAGCUAGACUACACAGGCAGCUGUGGUAUCAUAACUGUACAGGGUCCGUUGCAUUUUGCUCUAGAACCUCAACACCCAACUUCAGUAGCCAAGAUGAAAGUAUUUUCUAGAUAAUGAAUGGUACCUAAGUAAAAAUAUUAGUCAGUGUGCAAUUCUUUCUGUUAAAUUAACUGAAAAACCUAUAGUUUAGAUGUGUGUCCACAUGAUAUCACCAGCACAAUAAACUGAGUGUUCUUACUUUAGGAAAUACACUAACUGACAAGGCACUAAUUGUAAUAAUUUAUUAAGAGUUAUUUUAUUUCUGUGAUUUGUUAAUAAACAGUUGUCAAAAUGUGA